UGAUCCAUGUGCAGUUUUUUCGUUGGACGGUUGUUUCUAGGGGGAAUCUGCUGCGAGGAGGAUGAAUAUUCUGGACAGAACCUCCAGGUUCGUAGAUUUCCGUUUCAGUGUUUUUUUGUCGCUCCCGUGCAACGUUUCUUCAUUUCGAUGGUGUUGUUAGGGGUUCAAUCGCUCAAGGUUAGUACCGCGAGUAUCCCAUCGGCCGAUGUAGAGGAGAGUUGAGAUGCGGAGGUAUUUUGUGGUUGAAGGGUGAGAAAAGCAGAUAGAUUGUGUGGCGAUGUCGAAGUGGGGAGAAGACAGGGUUUUAGUCGAGGUUUACAUCAAAGGCAAGGGGCCGGUGCACAAACUCAAGGUGCAGUGGCAGGGGCAUGAGAAAAACCAGAUCGAUCUGGAGGGAUUGAUCAAGCAGUGUCGAUUGAAAGCCAUCUAUGCAUACUCUCCAACCCUAGGCCGCGGGGUGGAGCAGUUCUAUAACCCUAGAAAUGGACUGUCCCUGAUCUCUUACUCUGGCAAGCCUGAUACCAUCAUCCGCUACGAUGGAGAGCCCAAGGCAUCCUUUUCAACUGUCUUAAGUCGAUACGCCUUGGCAUUUACGCUGGUAAGCCUUUUACUUCUAGGCUCGACGAAGACAAGGAACAAGUGGGUGGUUGAGGCCCAACAGGCUCUUGGUGGUCGAGUGGCGUGGGUUGUCCUCGUUGUGAUCAUGGUAUUCUCACAUUUAACUCGGCGAUCUUUCAAGAGAAGUUAAGGCUGUGACAAAGGAACGUUUUCUAGUCAUGGCAGGGUGACUGAGAGCAGCACAGGCUGUGAUGCGUUCUUUGAUUGCCAGUGGAUCCGCAAGUGAGGACAGGUAAAGCUUCGUUGCUGCUUUUUAUAUGUGUGGAAUCCAUCUCACGUUGAUUGAAUCUCAUACUCUAAGCAGAAGCAAUUGCGGUAUGUUGUGGAGUAAAGUUAUGGAAUGAUACAUGUGUUGGCAUUUUCUUUUUCGAAGGUGUGGGUAUUACCCAGGACGAGUAUUAAAAUUUUGCUCUGUGUUAAUGAAGGCUACUUCCUUAAGAAGGGUAGUUCUGUGGUUUUCUAAUUCGAUUGAAUCAUGGAGGAGUUUUGAGCAGAUAUAGUGUCGGCAGCUUGAUUUGAUACUUCACAAUAUAGGCCUCUGUCAAGUAAUUGCUUGGAACUUAAAUCUUGCCUAAUUUGAUGUAUCGAAGUUUGUGGCUGGCCUUCUGAGUUAAGCUUCCUUCUUCAUUGGGUCA